CUCCGCUCUCCAGGAGCUGCGGCUGAGGCUGGGAGGCAAGAGAGAACAAGCCCACAGGAAAGGAGGUUUUUGUAUUGCAAAGAUGUUUUCUUCCAAUGACUAUGGAACCAACUCCUGGGAGCUUAUUAUCCGCGUUGAUCACCAGUAUGAAAAGGAACAAAAAGAAUUUACACUUAGAGUAUCUGGAGACUUACAUAUUGGGGGAGUCAUGCUCAAGCUGGUGGAGCAAAUCAAUAUAGCUCAAGAUUGGUCAGAUUUUGCUCUUUGGUGGGAACAAAAACAUUGCUGGCUUCUAAAAACACACUGGACUCUGGACAAAUGUGGUGUCCAGGCAGAUGCUAGGCUGCUUUUCACACCUCAGCAUAAAAUGUUACGCCUCCGUUUGCCAAACAUGAAAACUGUGAGACUAAGAGUCAGCUUCUCAUCUGUUGUCUUUAAAGCUGUUAGUGAUAUCUGCAAAACCCUUAAUAUUAGGAGAUCAGAAGAGCUUUCUUUGUUAAAACCAUCAGAUGAUUAUUUUAAAAAGAAAAAGAAAAAAGAAAAGAAUAACAGAGAGCCUAUAAUUGAAGACAUUCUAAAUUUAGACAACUCUCUAACUAUUCCAGGUUCUCCAGCAAGUCCUGGCUUAUACAGUAAAACAAUGACUCCUAUAUAUGAUCCUGUCAAUGGAACGCCUGUUUCUUCCACUAUUACUUGGUUCAGUGAUAGUCCUCUGACAGAACAAAGCUGUAACAUGCUUGCUUUCAGUCAACCCAGCCGUUCACCAGAAACACUUGCUGAAAUGUUCCAGCCACGAUCACUAGUUGAUAAAGCCAAACUUAAUGCAGGUUGGCUAGACUCAUCCCGCUCCCUUAUGGAACAAGGCAUUCAGGAAGAUGAAAAACUAUUGUUACGCUUUAAAUACUACACAUUUUUUGACUUGAAUCCCAAAUAUGAUGCUGUUAGAAUAAACCAACUUUAUGAACAAGCCCGGUGGUCCAUUCUAUUAGAAGAAAUUGACUGUACUGAGGAGGAGAUGCUGAUCUUUGCUGCUUUACAGUAUCACAUAAGCAAGUUGUCAUUGUCAGCAGAAACUCUGGACUUCACAAAUGAGUCUGAAGUAGACGAAGUAGAAGCCGCCCUGUCUAACCUGGAAGUCACAUUAGAAGGUGGAAAAACAGAAAACAUUUUGGAGGACAUUACAGACAUACCAAAGCUUGCAGAUUAUCUCAGAUUAUUUAGGGCCAAAAAACUAACAUUAAAAACUUUCAAACAAUAUUGGUUUGUCUUUAAAGACACUUCAAUAGCCUACUUUAAAAAUGAGCACCUUGAACAUGGGGAACCAGUUGAAAGACUAAAUCUUAGAGGCUGUGAAGUUGUACCUGAUGUAAACGUAUCAGGGAGAAAGUUUGGAAUCAAGUUGCUAAUCCCUGUUGCUGAUGGUAUGAAUGAAGUAUAUUUGAGAUGUGACAAUGAGAAUCAGUAUGCCAGAUGGAUGGCUGCCUGCAUCUUAGCUUCAAAGGGCAAAACUAUGGCAGAUAGCUCCUAUGGGUCUGAAGUAAACAACAUUCUUUCAUUUCUGAAGAUGAAAAACAGAAAUACAACUUCACAGGCACCUUCUGAUCCUGAAUGCAUGGAUAUGAAACCAGAAUGUUUUGUGUCGCCUCGGUGUGCAAAAAAAUACAAGUCUAAACAGUUGGCAGCUCGAAUACUGGAAGCCCACCAGAAUGUGGCACAAAUGUCUCUGGUUGAAGCAAAGCUCCGUUUCAUCCAUGCAUGGCAGUCCUUACCAGAAUUUGGGCUCACGUACUACAUUGUCAGGUUUAAAGGAAGCAAGAAAGAUGAUCUUCUUGGAGUCUCAUAUAAUAGGUUAAUUAGGAUAGAUACAGCCACAGGGGAUCCAAUUACAACAUGGAGAUUUGCAAAUAUGAAACAGUGGAAUGUAAACUGGGAAAUCCGUCAGGUUGCCAUAGAGUUUGACCAAAAUGUAUCUAUUGCCUUCACUUGCCUAAGUGCAGAUUGCAAGGUAGUACAUGAAUAUAUUGGUGGCUAUAUCUUCUUAUCCACUCGCUCCAAAGACCAAAAUGAAACACUUGAUGAAGAGCUCUUCCACAAAUUAACAGGAGGUCAGGAGUGAGACAGAUGACUUGAUUGACGUUUGCAAACAAAACCAUCAUAUUUGUCUUUUGUGUUGUUUUUUUUUAAUCCUUUGAAGCUUCCUGAAAGAAUAAUAUAACAAAUACAGUGUAAAUUUUGGGACUUCCAGAGCUAAAUCCCAAUGGAUAUCUCUCCCUCCCUCUUUUAUUACUAUUCCCUAGAAUCCACAUCUUGUUUGAUGCAGAAGCCCAAGCACAUUCCCUUCCUCCUUGAAGCAUUUUCUCUGGUGGAAUUACUUGAAUGUGAAUAUUUUGACCACAAAGUUUGAUUUCAGCCCUAAGGUGACAGCAGAAUCAUGGAGAAAGAAGAUACAGAUAAAGCAAAGCCUUUCUUAUACAGACUGAGAAGCAAAUGCUUUGCUUUCAUUCAUUCCUGUGGGAUGUUCUGAGAAGAUUCCAUCAAGGAUUCUAUCAGAUUCCCCAAUGAACUAGAACAUGCCUAUAGAUUUUGAGAAAUGUUUUCAUUUUCUGAAGGCAGAAAAUGAGAAGAAAACUUAGAACUCAAGAGCAAUAAUACAUAGAGAACCAGCUUCUAUCAAGCCUAAUUCUCCCUGACUCCAAACCCAGAUAAAGCAAAUCUGAAAACAUCUUUCAGCCUCUAGAUACAAGCCUCAAGAUUGAAGGCCACUCCAAGGCCUAACUUGAUACUUGGGCCCUAGGACAUGUGGUUCACUUAGUAACAAACACAUUAGAAACAUUUUCUUUUGACACAAAUUGAUAAUUUGAGCAUAACCCUGACACCAUCAAACUUCAAUAAGUACAAUUUACAUAUGAAACCUAAUAUUUCAGUUUAUGGAUUAGAAUUAUAAUAUUGAAAUUACAUAUAACUAGUCUGUUUGUCACAAAGAACAAAGUAGUACAUAACUUAGCAAAAUGAGGCCUUGGUUUCAACUGGAGUAUUCUAUAUUUCCCAUUUGUCUGUCAUUUCCAUAAUAACCUUUUACAAGGGUUCACUGAUUUUAACCAAAUUUUGUCUGCCACAGAAAGUGUCACGUAAACUUCAAGUUCCAUUUGUGGGUACUUGGCUAUCACCAAGGAGACAAUGGCAGUCAAAUGAAAUCUUCCAAAUGAGUUAUUUGUACUCAGUAAAGAUGCACUUUACAAAAGCAUUAGUUUAAAUUUAGACUAGCUCAUUAUCCUCUUAGGGUAUUAUUAGAUUUCUAAAUAGCCACAUCAAGGCAACAGGUCAACAAGCAUUUAUUAAUCACUUACUGUAGACCAAGCACUGUACUUAAUGAUAUAUGCAACUCAUUCUUUGUCCUGUAAAACUUUACACUAAUGCAAACAAUUUAAAAUUACUUGCUUUUCUGUCUACAUUAGAUGGGAAAAUAUACAUUUAAUUUCUUUCAUGUGUAUGUGUACAUGGACUAGAUAUAGGAACUGUGAUUUCUUUGCUAGAGAGAACUAAUGAGGAAAGCCUCUGCCAGUGGAGACUGACCUUGUACCUUCUCUUCAACAAAGUCUUUUCUAAUUCUGAAUUUAACAAAUACCAAAUAAAAUGUGCAUUUCCUUAUAUAUAGUAGAUCAGAGAAAAGAUUUUAGACUUCAAUAUGUUACAUAGAGUAUGCUUUUCUUUUAAAAUAUCUAAUAACAAUUGUACACUUGAAACCUUUGUGUUGACUGGAGGUAUUGAGUCAUAGCCCGUUAAGCCUCAGAGGCAGAUCUGGAACUCAGGUCAACCUGGCAUCAAGGUUGGCUCUCUAAUACUGCCUCUCUACUUUUUAACUACAGUAAUAAA